AUGCACUUCAUCAGUUGUAUAUCAGAUAAUCUUAAAAACAUGGUCUAUAAAAUAGUUGCUCUGAGCGCAGUGUUGGCUGUAGCCGCAGCGGGUCUUCUGCCAGCGGCACAUUACUCUCCAGUUGCUGCAGUUUCCUCGCAGAGCAUUGUCCGCCAUGACGAAGCCCAUCCUGUAGCUCGCGUAGCCCAUGUUCAUGCCGCCCCCGUAGCUCAAAUUGCAGCUCCCGUCGCUCACGUUACUCACGUCGCUGCUCCUGUUGUCUACGCCGCUCCUAGACACUAUGCUGCCACCCCAGCCCUUUACGCUCCUAUUACUCAUGCUGAAGAAAACAUUAGUAAGCACCACAUAUUCUUCGGCGGCAAUGAAGCCACUUAA